AGCCGGGGCUCCAGCAGUACGGCCCGAUGGAGGUGGAGUACGUUUCCGGAGCGGUGGAUGAGGACAUCGUGUCCCGUCUCUUCCGAGUCCAAAACAUCACACGGUUGCAGGAGGGGCACCUGAUGGUCCGACAUUUCCAGUAUCUGCGGUGGUCAGCGUACCGAGACACCCCAGACUCUAAGAAGUCCUUCCUGCACCUCCUGGCCCAAGUGGAGAGGUGGCAGAAGGAAAGCGGCGAUGGCAGGACUGUGGUGCACUGCUUGAACGGAGGUGGCCGGAGCGGCACCUUCUGUGCCUCCACCAUGAUCCUGGAGAUGAUCAAGUGUCACAACAUGGCAGAUGUUUUCUAUGCUGCAAAGACCCUCCGCAACUACAAGCCAAAUAUGGUAGAGACCUUGGAGCAGUAUCAUUUCUGCUACGACAUAGCACUGGAAUAUCUGGAGUCCCUGGAGACCAGAUAGCACCUCGCCAGGAGAGCGGCAGCAAGGGCUUGCGCAGGGGUCGUGCCAACCGUGCGUUUCGCACUCGGAUGUUGCGUUAGUGCUCAAGGUGAGGAGAGGAAACAGCAAAGGACAUGAUGACAAAACCCAUCAGAUCAAGAAAAACGAAAGGACGUGGGGACGUGUUGGCCGCUCCCCGUCUUCAUCCUUCGCGCUCCAUCUUUUCUUCCCGCCUGGAGCGCAUCCGAGUGGCCACGGGUUGGAUGCCACGACUCGUCCAGUCCCAGCAUCUCUUCGAGUCACGGUCGUGGGGUUGGUGUGCGCAGGAUGCGGCCCCGUGGCACUGCCUGGGCAUCUCUAAAGCAGCUGGAGAGGAGGCCGGGGAGGGGAGGAGGUGGACAGAAGGAGCUGAGGCCGUUUCCCAGCAG